GGUCAUCACGUUACCAUGGUGAUUCAACGCGUCACUUCCGGCCUGACCAAAGAUGUCCUGUACAUCGGGAGUGCCGUCCCUUUGGAGACCUCGGAGGGUCUGGAAGCCGUCCAGAUGCCGCUUCGAAGCCGCUACCCGGUCGAAAACGAAGAAAUGCUGCAGGGCAUGAUGGGAACACUGGAGGUUCUCCCGGAGGGCAUACACCUCAAGUUCAAGGACGACAACAAACUCGUUAUCCUGUUCCCGUACUCGUCCUUGACCCUGUGCGCGGCCGUCAGGUGUAUCAAGGUCACGAACACAGCCACGAACGAGACUGUGCCCAGAUUCGUGUCUCUGAGCUCGCCCGAGGCUGGAGGCGCCAACAGCAACAAACCGGCCAUCUUCACGGCGAUAGCUCGGCGCUCGAAGGGACGCCAAAUUCUGGAGUGUCACGGAUUUAUCACCAUGUCCCCCCGAGACGCGCUGGAUCUGGUGCAGUGGGUCUCCAUGUACGACCGCAAAGCCAAACACGGAAACUACGCGACGGUUGGAAGUAGCGGCAUGGGCCAACAACAGGCAACCUACGAGGCUGCUUCGGCUAAAGGGGAUAUGUCCUUCCGCACAGACACAGCCUCGACUCCGGGUUUUCCCGUACAGCUAGCGCCGGGAGCACCUGCGAAGGCGAAUGUCCCGCAGGACUUCAUCAAUGAACCGCCCAGACAGGGAUAUUUCUACUCCACAACGUCUGCUCAAGUGAAGAAAUAUUCCUUGCAAAAGUUUAGCGGUGGAGCAGGGGCGGGGAUGGGAGGAGCAGGAGCUUCUACAAUGGGCGGAGCCAGCACAAUGAUGAGAGGAGGAGGAGGAGGAGCCACGAUGGGCGGGGCUAGUGCCAUGGGGAUGACAGGUCCUCCCGGGGAGGAGUUUCCACCCGGAGCCCUGCACUUGCCCCCUGGCGGCGGCGAGCAGUUUGAAAGCCGGCGUCACGGCUACGCAGCGUCCACCUACUCAGCGCCCGCCUACUCCGCGCCUAGGCCACGCCCUCCCUUCAUGGUCCCCGUGCGACAUUACCGGCCUGUUCCCAUGGUAAUGAGACCGAUGAUGAUGCCGCCCCCGCCAGCACCACACCCUGCCAUGUACAGCAUGGCACGCCCUCGCUUCUUCUCCCCGCCCCCUGCCGUAGAAAGGGCCCACCCCGUCCCUUACGUCAUCGCCGCUCCUCACCACCCACCCCCAGGUUUCUACGAGCGCCCGUCAAGGCGUGGCUCCGGGGGCUCCUCCUCGUCAGACAGAUCCUCUUCGCCAGACUCCCCAAGGAUGAACGGCAAAACCUCCAAAAAGAAUGGAUCCCACGCCCACCACAACCACCACCACCACCACCGACACGACGACGACUCCAGCGAGUCCAGCUCCCGGCCUCGAACCCCGACCGCCGACUACGACAGCAGUAAGGGAGGCAGAGUGAGCCGACGUGAGCAGCACUAUAUGCGCCAGGGCUACACCACGCGCGAGCGACACGGCUCCCCCACGCGCAGUGCUCACGGCAAGGGUUUCCGCGGGGGACCCCCUCGAGGCUAUGUCCUCGUGCCAACGCCCUACAACCAGUACCCGCCUGGUCAUUUCCCGCCCGGCCACUACCCCCCUACCAUGGUCCGAGCCAGGUCGGUGCCCCCUCACGGAGAGAGAGGAUCGUUGAACAGAAAGGAGAAAAAAUCCAAGAAGAGUAAGAAAGAUCGUAAGAAGAAGAAGAAGGGCAGCAGCAAGCGAGAAGAGAAGGAAGAAACCGCGGCGUAUGACGGCUUGAGCGACGGGGUCACCGGGUACACUUCCGAGCUGGGAGGAGGCCCAAACCAACCUCGCGACUUCCGGCGCACUGAGAACCAGUUCCAGCACGAGCGAGCUUUCUCAAAGUCUCUGGCCGAGGAGAUCCGGAAGUCGACCAAAGGAGGUCAGAACGAGGUCAACGCUUACUCGUACUUGGGUGACCAGCAGAAUGAGGGACCCCUGUUCUGAGUGGACUACUAGGCAGAAGAUAUUCGGAGACGUCUCCGGCGAGCUCCCAGGAACUAUUCGGAGAUGCACUCCCGCACACAGAUGCACUGCUUUGGGGAGUCAAACUGUGUAUUGUUUUGCUGUAGAUCACACAUAUAGCCACUAAAACUGUUACAAAUCUUUUAUUUUCAAGACAGUUUCAAACCUAACUGUAAAACAU